GCCCGGCCCCCGGUGGGACUGACAGACUGACACAAACACACACUCACACGUGCCCGAGGAUGGGCUGGGCCAGGGGCCUGGGGGCGGCGCUGAUAGGUGCUGAGUCGGUGCUGGAGAAGCCCGGGAGGAGGAGCGGCGCUGGGCGGGGACCGGAGGGGUGUGGUGGGUGUGGGCCGAACCGUGCGCGUAGACUGAGAAGGAAACCCGGGUCUGCAGCGCUGAAGAGCUGGGUGUAGUUUGCAGAUGUAAAAUGGAAUGGGUCCCGUAGGAAGAAUUGCACGUGUAGGCAGAGGAACAGUUUUUGUGGGAUGGAGGUUGGACCUGCAACUUUUAGACAGUUUUAGCAUGACAUUUAAAACAGCGUUUAGGAUGAAAUAUCUCUAGAAAAAUAAUUUUGGCUUAUGUAAAAAGGUGUCUUAAACCAUUAAAAAAUAAUUUUAUCAUUUACUACCCAUGUCGGUCAUCGAAGAUUUAUGGAAUGUUACUAAAUGGUUAAUGGUUACUUUUGCAUACUACUGAUCUUUUCUCUCCGUUUCAUCUGAGGACACCCAAUUUUUGCAAUAAUAGGGAAUGCAUCAACACACAUUUUUUAAAGUUUAUACAUUUAUGUUUAUUCUACCAGAAAUCAUAGGCAAGUCAGAUGAUACUGUGCUCUUGGUAUUCGCCACCCAUAUAUCCAAUUAUUUAACACAAGAGGAGGAUACUAAAAUGAAUGUAUUGUUUUAUAAUAAUUGUCUGUGUCAGCCAAGUUAAUUUCUAAAGUUUAAAUUUUUCGGGAGUGGAAAAAUUCAAUGUUUUUGGUAUUGGUAGUUGAAGUGGAAUAGUAGUUUGACUGUUUACUAUUAGAAUGAAUUUAAGUUUAGCAAGUCACUUAACCUUUUUGGCCUCAGUUUCCUCAUCUAUCAAGCGGGGAUAAUAAUAGUACUUCUCUCAUAGAGUUGCUUUGAGGAUUUAAUGAGUUAAUAAAUGUGAAAUCAACAGUGCUGCUCCCAUAGUUAGCCCAGUAUAAGUGUUAGCCAUUUUAAUGUAAGUAGUAGCAGUCGUUGAAUAAUAUGAGUGUAUACUUCAUAUCUGAAACUGGGCAUUAUACUUGUGUUCUUACAGAAUAGCUCCUAGAAAUUGUGUUAAUUUUUUGGUUCUUGAUUUGUCACUGUAAUUUAAAAGUAACCUUUGUCAUUGGCUUCCCAUAUGCUAUUUUCAAGACUAACGGUGAUUUUUUUCACCAAAAACAGUUAACAUAGUGCCUGUCUUCGUUAAGUGAGCUCUCUUUAAGGAACCUCUUCUUGAAUCCUUUCAUAAGAGUAGGAUUAUUUAGUAAUAGAAUAUUCACAUAUUUGCUUUGUAAAUUACUUUUAAUACUUUAGUAAUUUUGUAUUUCUGUAGUAUGUUUGUUACCCUUGUCUCCACAGUGCAUUAUUGCUGUGACUCACAUAAAAAACAAUCCAUUCACGUUAUUAUUUUGAAGUUAUAAAGUAUCCUCCUGAUUGAUGUCACAAGAUUUUAGACCUGGAAGAACCUUAGAGUUCAUCUGAUCUAUCAGAUGUGGGAAUAGGGAUUUAGAAUGAGACAAGAGAAUGACUGAAUGAAAGUGCUAAGAGACAGCAUAUGGGUUUGAAUUACUGGUGUUUUCAAAAGCUCUGUGUGUAAUAAACAUUUAUUUAUUUAUUUUCUUUUCUCUGAGUCUCCCUCUAUAGCCCAGGCUGGAGUCCAGUGGCGUGAUCUCAGCUCACUGCAACCUCCGCCUCCCGGGUUCAAGCGAUACUCGUGCCUCAGCCUCCCAAGUAGCUGGGAUUAGCUGUCACCGCGCCUGGCUAAUCUUCGUAUUUUUGGUAGAGAUAGGGUUUCGCCAUGUUGGCCAGGCUGGUCUCAAGCUCCUGACCUCAGGUGAUCUGCCCGCCUCGGCCUCCCAAAGUGCUGGGAUUACAGGCCCUAGCCACCGCGCCCGGCCUAUAAUAAACAUUUCUUAGUCUUAAAAAAAGCAGCCUAAGAAACUACAUAAAGGCACUUGAGAGAAAAGACAACGAUAGCAGUUACAUCUAGAGGCUAUUAUGGAUUGGAGGAUGAGAAGGGAACUGCAUGUACCUCAACAAGGCGUCGGUCAACACUGCGAAGUUUGGCAGGCUUAACAAGUGGAGUUUUUGAAUCUAUAAUGGUUCAAGUUUUGAGACAGGAAGAACAGCUGAGAGCAAAAGAAGAAAAAAGGCUUCGGGAGCAGGAAAGAAAAGAAGCAGAAGAAGCUAGUCAAAAGGAAAUAGAAGAAUGGGAAAGAAAACUUCUAGCUCAAGCAGCUCCAACUUGUAUGGAGACCAUGUGGGAAAUUCCAGCUAUUGGGCAUUUCCUUUGUUUAGCUCAACAAAUUCUAAAUUUGCCAGAAAUAGUCUUUUACGAAUUGGAACGUUGUCUUCUGAUGCCUCAGUGUAAUGCUUUUCUAUCGAAAAUAAUGACUUCUCUAUUAAGUCCUCCCCAUCGCAGACCUACCUUACAUCGAAGACCUACUUUGCCUUAUAGGACCUGGGAAGCAGCGCUGAGGCAGAAAGUACAACAGUGGUACACUGCUGUAGGGCAAACUGAAAAUCCUGAUAACUGUGCUGAAAAACUGGGGUUGUGUCCUCAGUUUUUUAAAGUUCUUGGAGAAGUUAAUCCAUUGGAAGAAAAACCUUUUCACGAACUACCUUUUUACCAAAAAGUAUGGCUACUUAAGGGUCUUUGUGACUUUGUGUAUGAAACACAAAAGGAAGUUCAAGAUGCUGUGCUUGGACAGCCUAUCCAUGAAUGCAGGGAAGUUAUUCUUGGUUAUGAUUAUUUGGAGAAUGCUUAUGUACAUUUUCCACAGUUCUGUGGUGCAGAUGUACGGAUUUAUAAACAGAGACCCUUUCAGGCCCCAGAAUUUCCAGUUCCACCCAUUAAAAUACAAAGAGUACCUCGGAUUAAAUUGGAGAAAUUGAAGUGUGACUAUGUUAGUACAAGUAAUGGAGAACAUAGAUGUAGCAGAGAUAGCCUGCCCUCUUCCUUCAAGAAAGAGCAGGAAAAUAAUUUUGAUCCAGGUUGCUGUCCUGCUAAAAUGAUCUUGGAUAAUCAUGACAUCUCUGUUGAAAUGGAAGUAAAAUCCAACUAUGAAAUUAGAAUUCGCAGGCCUUGUGAAAUUAAAAAAACUGAUUGUUGUAAAGAAAAUUUAGAGAAACCAGGGAGUCCAGGGGAAGUUACUGGCUUUGGAGAGCCUCUCAGUCCAGGUGAAAUAAGGUUUAUAGAAAAUCAGGAAAAACACGGUGAAGCUUCCAGAAUAAAGAUUGAACCCAGUCCAUUAAAAGAAAAUACUCUAAAAUCUUGCCAAAUACAUGUAAAUGGAAGUCACAGUGAUCAUCCAGAAAUUAACUGCCACAAAGUUGUAAGGGAUAUUCUAUUAGAGCAGUCACUACAGAGCCACAAGAAACUCAAACUAACGAAAAUGAGGGCAAAAAAGAAGAAAAAGAAAAAAAAGAAAUUGAAAGAUGUUUUGAAUGAAAACUUACAGAGAAAGCGUGAAGGUCUUCAUUCUCUUGCAUUCAAGUCUUACAAACCUGAGAUCCAGAAUAAGUUAUUGAUCAUCAAAAAAAAAGCAAAACACAAGAAGCACAAAUCUGGAAAAAAAUCCGUCUCUAAAAAAGCAGUCACAAAGAAGAGGAAAACUGUCAUAAAGUCACCUACUGUACCAGAGUUUCAGCUUAUUUGCACUAAUCUUGAUGAACUCAGGGAAUUAAUCACAAAAAUCGAGAAUGAACUCAAAGAUCUGGAAAACAGUAGAAAAAAAUCGGGAAAAUGGUAUCAUCGGAGGCAAGCUGUAAAAGAAUUACAUAGUACAUUGAUACGUCUUUUAAAUGAAUUGCUGCCAUGGGAACCAAAGUUAAUGAAGGCUUUCCAAAGAAACAGGAGCCGCCUGAAGAAAGACUAUGAUGAUUUCAGAAGACAACCUGAUCAUGAUACAUUUAAUACAGAACUAUGGACCACUGAUGAAGGUGAAGGAGAUCUUGGAAAAGACUCUCCUAAGGGAGAAAUCAGUAAGUCUAUAGACUCAACAGAACCUCUGGAUAUCCUGGAGAAAGAUCACUUUGAUUCAGAUGAUAUGAAGUUGUCAGAAAUAGAUUUUCCUAUGGCUAGAAGCAAGCUGUUGAAAAAGGAAUUGCCUUCAAAAGACUUACCGAAGACACUGCUUAAAACACUUAAACGACAGUCCAAACAAACUGGUUAUGUGGAUGACAGCACAAAAGAGCUUUCUCCAAGGAAGAAGGCAAAGUUAAGCACAAAUGAGACAACAGUUGAGAAUCUAGAAAGUGAUGUGCAGAUUGACUGUUUCAGUGAAUCAAAGCAUACAGAGCCAUCAUUUCCAGAGUCAUUUGCCUCAUUGGAUUCAGUACCAGUGUCUACUCUCCAGAAAGGGACCAAACCCAUUCAGGCUUUGCUUGCAAAGAAUAUUGGGAACAAAGUGACCUUAACAAAUCAACUGCCUCCUUCCACAGGUAGAAAUGCUCCUGCUGUGGAAAAACCAGUUUUAUCUCCUCCGGAAGCAAGCCCGAUAAAGCCAGCAUUGACCUGCCACACCAAUACAAAAGGUCCUUUACAAAUGGUAUACAAAAUGCCCUGUGGCCAGUGGUUGCCAAUAGAUCUUCAAAAUAGCUCUGUAAAGAUUCAGGUGCAGCCUAUGAUGGAUCCUAAAACAGGAGAAAAAAUCAUGCAGCAAGUUCUUAUUCUGCCUAAGAAUUUUGUGAUUCAGCAUAAAGAAGGAAAAGCAGUUGCAAAAGAAAUGCCACCACUUCAACAGAAAGGUACAGAACAACAUUGUUCAUCUUUCCCACAGACAACAAAUAUAAAUUCUUCUUUAGCAUCAGUUUUUGUCAACUCACCAGGAACUGUUUCUACCCAACUACCAAAUGCAGUUUUCAACAAAACAAUUACACCUUUAUCAAAUAUAAGUAGUGCUAGACCACAGCCUUUGUCGCCUGUAACCUCUGUAAGUAACUUAUUAACACCAUCAGUUAAGACUAGCCAGAGUGAGGCAGGAAAAGCCAAGAAUGCAGUUUCAGCAGCCACAUUCUCCUUGCCCAGUGCUUCACCGACCAUUUCCUCCACAGGUCAGCCUCUGUUAUCAACAACAACACUAAAUGGGUCUACAAAUCCUGGUAGUUCCUUCAACUGUUUUGCACAACAGACUGCUGAUUCUUCCGAAGCAAAGCAAGAGCUGAAAACUGUGUGCAUAAGAGAUUCACAGUCAAUUCUUGUUAGGACACGAGGUGGGAACACUGGAGUUGUAAAAGUACAGACCAACCCAGAUCAAAAUUCACCCAAUACUGUAUCUUCAAGUUCAGUUUUCACUUUUGCUCCUCAGCUUCAGGCAUUUCUGGUGCCAAAAUCAACAACUUCUUCCUCUGCUUUUUCACCUGUAGCUGGAACAACUACUACAUCUAGUCUUUCACCUUUUAGCCAAACACCGACUUCUGUUUCCAUUCCAGCUAGCUUUACCCCAUCCAUGGGGAAAAAUCUCAAACUUACAUUAGGCCACCCCACUGGCAGUGGUAAUUUGGGCCACAUGAUAGAUAAAACUUCACACAUGCCCUCUUCUCCCUUGAAGUCCUCUAUUUGUUCUAGUACUCUACUACCAUCAACAACAAGUAGUUCGGUAAGUGUAAUUAGCAUAUCAGCAGCAAAUUUUGGACAAAACAAUGCAAAUAUUAUUCAUACUCCAACUAAACAGCAACAAGUAGAUUAUAUCACAAAAAGUUACCCUGUUACAAGGUCAGAAGCAACAGCAGCAACAAAUGGAGAUGUAAUCAGUGGGACUCCAGUUCAGAAACUUAUGCUGGUAUCAGCUCCAUCUAUUCUUUCUUCUGGCAAUGGAACUGCAAUUAAUAUGACACCUGCGCUGACAUCUACAGGUGUUUCUGCCCAGAAAUUAGUUUUUAUUAAUGCCCCAGUUCCCAGUGGUACAUCAACCCCAACUCUUGUUGCAGAAUCGUUAAAACAAGCUCUUCCUCCUCCAUUGAAUAAAGCAUAUGUUAAGACUCCAGAGCAACCCCAAAUAGUACUGAUUCCAUCUACAGUGGGCACACCAAUAAAAAUAAAUUCAUCACCAGCUGUGUCUCAGAUAAAAGAUGUGAAAAUUGGACUAAACAUAGGUCAAGCAAUUGUAAAUACUUCAGGCACUGUGCCAGCUAUACCAUCAAUUAACAUAUUACAAAAUGUAACCCCAAAAGGAGAAGACAAAAGUAGCAAAGGCUAUAUUUUGCCAUUGUCAACAAGUGGUAAUCCAGUUCCAGUAAGCUCAAAUUUUGUGAGUCAGAAUAUUACCCCUGUUAAUGAAUCAGUGGUUUCUGCAGCAAGAGCAGUAAACGUGCUUUCAGUUACUGGAGCAAAUUUAUCUUUGGGUUCCCUUCCAGUGACCUCAGCCUCUGCUUCAGCUGGGGCACGACCUCCUGUUUUAGUCAGUGGAAAUGAUACCUCUUCAAGAAUUAUGCCUAUUUUGUCAAAUAGACUUUGCUCAUCAAGUCUCGGAAACACUGUGGCUAUAUCAACUGUGAAAACAGGACACCUUGCAUCAUCUGUUCUGAUUUCAACUACGCAACCAGUAGUGUCUCCUAAAUGUUUAACAUCAGCUUUGCAAAUUCCUGUUACGGUUGCCUUACCUACACCUGUGACUACAUCCCCUAAAAUAAUAAACACAGUUCCACAUUCGGCAGCAGUACCAGGAGCCACACGUUCUGUAUCUAUCUCUAAAAGACAAUCUCAGACUUCACUCCAGUUUCAUUCACCAGGGAUUUCAACUACAGUGCCAACAAAUGUAAACACAAAUAAACCUCAAACUGAAUUGUCGUCCCUUUCACCAAGUCCAGGUAAAAUAAUUAAUACUUCCAAUUUUGCUUCUCUGCCAAAUCAGCAAGCUUUAGUAAAAACCCCCAGUUACAGUUCUGCUCCAGGUGGCACUACCAUUCACACGGCUUCGGCACCAUCCAAUGUAACUAGUCUAGUCGGGAGUCAGUUCAGUGAACCUUGUAUUCAGCAAAAAAUAGUCAUCAAUACCAGUACACCUUUGGCACCUGGUACUCAGAUUAUGAUUAACGGAACCCGGUUUAUUGUUCCACCACAAGGUCUUGGAGCUGGCAGCCAUGUUCUCCUUAUAUCUACUAAUCCAAAAUAUGGAGCCCCCUUAGUUCUUAACAGUGGCCAAGGCAUUCAAUCUACACCAAUAGAUAACUCUGCCCAGAAGAUCACACUAACAUCAAAUAAUUCUUUAAGUGGGCAACCUCUACAACAUCCUCUAAGAAGCCCUACAAAAUUUAUAAACUCUUUUGGGAAUGCAAGUUCUAUACCCACAGUACAUACAUCACCACAACUCAUAAACACAACUGCUAAAGUUCCUGUUCCACCUCCUGUACCAACAGUAUCACUGACUUCAGUAAUUAAGUCUCCAGCUACCCUUUUGGCUAAGACAUCUUUGGUUUCUGCCAUUUGCCCCAGUAAUCCUCCACUGCCAAGUAGCACUUCAGUGUUUCAUUUGGACCCACCUGUCAAAAAAUUGUUGGUUAGCCCAGAAGGAGCCAUUUUGAAUACCAUAAAUACUCCAGCAUCUAAGGUUUCUUCACUCUCUCCAUCUCUCUCUCAGAUUGUUGUAUCUGCCAGUCGAAGUCCUGCGUCUGUCUGCCCUGCUUUUCAGUCGUCGGGCUUAGAGAAGCCUGACAGAGCUGCAUCUUGAAUUUAGACUAAAAGAGCCAGUUUUUAAAUAAUGGGGCAUUGUUUUGACUCCCAUAAAAAUUUUAAAUGUUUAUUAUACUGUUGAAAGCAUACUAUACAUUGUGUGUGUGUGUGUGUUUGUGUGUGUGUGUGUGUGUGUGUGUGUGUUUUAAUGUAUCUUUUCAUUAGCUUGCAACAAGGCUUUGUUUUCUUGGGGAGGGAAAGAUCUGUUCCAUUUCACUUACUGUUCUGAGGAGGGUUUCAAGGUUCUGUGUUUAAAGUCAGGAUUUACCUGUCUGUAGAACAUAAAGUGAACAAAGUUUGAAUAGUUUAGAGUAAGCUAGCCUUUUGCACAUUUACACUGACAUGUUUCUUCUUGAAUUUGGACUGUUGCAGCAUAUCUAUGAUAUGGUAUUCCGUGUCAUUAGUGAAAUCUUAUUUUUGUUUCUGUAAAAAAAUAUAUAUAUAUUUAUGCAUUGUGAAAAAUGCAGUCCAUGAUGUAAAAUUGUACAUAUUCCAGAAUCCCUAACAACCUGUACUAAAUAUAUGUACAAAGAACUAUGCUGUCUUAUUUAUGUUUUGUUUACAUAAUGUAUAGUUUUUUAAGUAUUUUAGCAAUUUUGGACCAGUGAACUGUUAGCAACAAUGCAGAAGAAUCUGCAUGUAAUAAACUGAGUUGCUGUA